AUGCAAGGUACAUCUCGUAGCAAGGGCCCAAAACGUUACGGUGAGGCCCCCGUGCCGGUCGACAAUCUCGCCGACCCCGCCCUGGCCCUCGUGGCCACAGGGCCGCAGCUCAUAGCGGCCCUGUCCAACCCAGCGAUCCGCGUGGCCCUGCUGACUACGGAUGUGUUCGUGUCUGCCGCUGAUUGGAGGCCCUACAUUCCCCUACUGCCCCUAGUGCGCGAUGCCGAUUUUGCGAUUUCCGGAGUACCCGGGCCGCAGACCUCCUGGCCUCAGCUAGAUCUCAACAACGCCCAUGACAAGGUUCGAUUGGGCACCAACAUCGCAUUCACGCUGCAGUAUGUAGUAGUGCGCAAUUUCCGCUACACGCCUUUUCUGAUCUCGCCGGGGAUUGAUCUGGUGGCCCCCACCGCCGUGGACUGGAGCUCCCGAGUGACGCUGCUGGACAGCGUCAUGGUGCUUCGUGUCUGCUGGCCGGACUUUUCCAACGCCAACUCCGUAGCCGCCACAAUCGCUGCCGCCGCCCCCGGAAUCCGAGUGCUGUUUGGCGCUGCGUCGCGCGUUCCGCAAACCGGUUGCACCAACAGCACCUCGCCGUCCGUGCGCGCCGUGUCGCGCUGCUGGGCAGAUCGUGGCGUGUACGAGGCAAUUGUCUCGCCGGGCUGGAACAUUGACGAUGCCGGCGUGACAACUUUGACCAACUACAUGCUCUACCUCAUUCGCGCUGGGUUUCUGUCGCCGCCAGCGCCGCUGCCGGAUCCCAACGCCCCGGACGUUUCAGUCAUUCGCACUGGCCGCGAUCUGGUCGUAGCCCUCGCCAACCCCGGUAAACGGUACGGCAUCAUCGUGAACAGCAUUCAAGUGUCGUUCGCCGACUGGACCGGCUUCGCAAGGCCCACAGUGAAUCGUGACUCGGACUUCACCCUGCUGGGGACACCGGCGCCGCUGACUGCGUGGCCGACUGUAGAUCUCGGGAACUCUCGGGCCAAGGACGUCAUAACACCCGCCGUCAACAUGGAUGACCAGAACACGACGGCCGCGGCGGGCUACAUUGUCGCCAUGCAAAGAGUGCCGUACCUAUGCGAGCAGCAAAUGCCGUACUUGUGCUUGCUAGCACUGGGACCUGUUGGCUGCUACAUCAGCACAUUGCAGACAAAUCGACCGCCGUCGCCGCCGCCGCCGCCGCCGUUACCGACGCGGCCGCCAAACCCGCCCCCUUCGCCGCCGCCAGUCCCACCAGCGAUGCCGCCAGGGCCCCGCCUCCCGCCAAUGCCGUACACAUACGCUCCAGGCGUCUCGGUGAUCCGCACGGCCCGAGACCUAGCCCUCGCGCUGUACGACAACAGCAUCAGCUACGCGAUAAUCCGAAACGACAUCUCUAUGGAUGCCUCAGCCUGGUCCGGCAUUCCAUCGCCUGCCGUACGCUUUCAGCCGAUUACAAUCGCCGGGAGUUAUUCUGGUGGGCCGCCAGAAUCGUGGCCCAUACUUGAUCUGGGCUUCGUGAAGAACAAGGUGAAGCUGUCCGGAAACGUCACCGUCAACUUCCAAAACGUGAUGCUGCAAGCUUAUCGAGACGCCUUCGACGCCUUCGACACCUUUUCCUCUCCGGGGCUCGACUUAAUCACCAAGUCGAACUUCUUCGCGGGGGCACUGGUGCGCAUCCAGGACUGCGCUCUCCUGCUGCCGGUUUGCCUACCACGCAGCGUCGUGACUCUGUCCUUCACAGCCAGCUACAGACCCCUUCUCAUAGCCGGAGAGAGGCAGGUCAUAAACGCGGGUGUCUCGCAGGCGGGAUGUGUCAACAGCGCCGCGGCGCGGCCCGUGUCGCGAUGUUGGGCAGAUCGCGGCGUGUAUGUCAACGUAGCGACGUACGCGUCUAUGGUGGAUGCAUUUGGGCAGCAGGUGCUGGGCGACUACAUGUUCUAUCUGGUGAAUACGGUGUACUUGUGCGAGCAGCAGAUGACGAUGGAAUGUGUGGCGGCAUAUGGGGAACUCGGGUGCUACUCAUUCAUCUAUGCUCUAUCUUCCCAGCGGAUGCUGCUACAGUCCACACAGUCAACACAGCCGUCACAAUCGCCUUCGCAAUCUCAGCAGCUGCUAGUUCCCACUUUUAACAACGGCUUUGCCGUCAGUGUGGAAAACGGUCGGCAGCUGGUGGAAGCGAUUGCAAACCCCAACGUCAGCUAUGUCGAACUGUCGCACGACAUCCGGUUGUUGGAUUCAGACUGGGACGGCUUCCCGUUACCGGUUAUGCUGCUGUCAGAGGGGCCCUUGUCAAUCACCUUCCAGUUUGUCGUGAUCGACAAGUUCCGAGCCACUCCUCUUCCGCAAUCGCCCGGGUUUGACUUAUUGGUUCAACAUCACGGCAGCCGGCAGGAUGCGACGGUGCUGGCGGAAACCAUGCUGUCGUUUCCAAGGCCUUCAACCUUACCUGGCACGCAGAUUGCGCACAAAGUUUCCCAAGCUUGGUGUGUCAGCGAUACGACACAGAACGGCACCGUGCCGUCCGUGUAUAUACGCUGUUGGGCCGACCGCGGCGUGUUUGAGGACAUAGCUGUGGACGGGUUCGAUAUCGAUGCCUUCGGCCGGGCCACGGCCACUGGUUACAACUUGCACCUCCAGUACAUAACAUAUCUUUGCGAGAGGCAAAUGACCGUCGAUUGCGUGAUGCAAUUGGGUCCCGUGGGCUGCUACCUAUCCAUGCCGCCCUCUUCUCCCCAGCCCAGCCACACUGAGCCCGGCGUCGCCGUCGUCUCAACGGGCCGUGAGCUGGCAGCCGCCCUCGCCAACCCAGCCAUAGGUUUCGCCCUCCUCGCAAACGACAUACAUAUGUCGGACUCCGACUGGGCGGACAUCCCCAACCCCGUUCUCCGGAGCUCCAACAUCACCGUCAGUGGACCACGAGGCCCUGAUACCAGCUGGCCAGUGCUGGAUCUCGGAUAUGUCAGUGGGAAGGUCCGCCUUGGCGGCUAUGGCACUGUACUCGUGCUGCAGUACGUUAUCAUCGAGAACUAUCGCCGUGAGGGUUACUUCUUGGCAUACGGAGCUUUUGCCUUCGAUUUACUCGUAACCCCUCGGAACAAUUACGGCGACAUCUCCCCAUCAUCAGCGGUGUUGGUGCAAAAUGCGGCCUUCACGUUUGGACUUUGCUUCCCCAGCAGUAUGCAACGCAUGAUCCUGGAAUACGCGCGCCGGCCGCACAGCCCCUGGCCAAGCACCCAACGGGUAUCUUCCAACCUCCCUCAGGACGGCUGCAUCACUGAUAGCAACAGCAGCGCGGCGACGGUAACAGGUUGGGCCUCCCAGUCGGCCCAGCCGCUGCCGAUCACCUCACGCUGCUGGCCUGAACGGGGCGUCUACGAAGAUGUCGAACUGCAGGGAUUAGACGUUAAAGUCUCUUUCAGAUAUGGCUACUGGUAUUCCGAACUUCGGAUGGCUUCAUACACGGUGUACUUCUCUCACGCCUUAUACAUUUGCAAGCAACAGAUGACGUCAGACUGCAGCGCGUCCCUCGGAACUUACGGCUGCUACUACAGCAUACCCCCCACUCCCCCACUGCCAAGCCGUGGCUUUGUCAUGAUCACGUCGGGCCGUGAACUGGCAGCCGCACUAGCCAACCCAAGAACCCGUUUCGCCCUCGUCGCAAAUGACAUACGUAUAUCGGAGUCCGACUGGAACGGCGUCCCCAACCCCGUCCUUCGUGUCGCUAACUUCACCAUCAGCGGACAGCCAGGCCCCGAAACCAGCUGGCCUGUGCUGGAUCUCGGCUAUGUCAAGGGCAAGGUUCGCCUAGCCGGCGGUGCAGCGCUCAUCUUGCAAUUUCUUGUGGUGCGGAAAUAUCGGGCCCCCGAACUGUCAUUCACACCUGGAUUCGACCUCGUGACGCCAUCCGCCGCGUUUUCAACUGGCACGGAGAACGUUAUCUUGGCCCUGCGGGAUGCAGUCCUUGUGCAAGACUAUUGCCCCCCGGACUUGAUCCUGGCAGACUUCUUGGCCUCGGCUCCCAGGCCCUCGGUUCUGCCGGCCCGUCAGCAAACCUUCAUAGUUUCUGCACCGCAGGCCGCGAACUGCUCAUCAGACGCCAUCGCGCCGCUGUUGUUGCGUUGCUGGGCGGACCGAGGGUAUUACGGGGACAUGGGCCUGGAUGGCUUUGAUGUGGGCGCGCUCGGCGUGUCCACAACCUUUGGGCGCUAUGCCGUAUCCUUGCUGCGCGUACCUUACCUAUGCGAACAAGUGCUGUCGUGGCAAUGUGUGGAGGAGCAUGAUACCGCACAAGCCUGCUUGAGGAGCAUGCCGCCCUCUUCUCCCCAGCCCAGCCUCACAGACCCCAGCGUCGCCGUCGUCUCCACAGGCCGUGAGCUGGCAGCUGCCCUCGCCAACCCAGCCAUAGGUUUCGCCCUCCUCGCAAACGACAUACAUAUGUCGGAGUCCGACUGGGCGGACAUCCCCAACCCCGUUCUCCGGAGCUCCAACUUCACCAUCAGUGGGAAGCCAAGUAGUACGGCAGAGCCUGGGGACGCAAGGCGUUUGACCGUGAGCUGGCCUGUGUUGGAUUUGGGUUUUGUGAAGGGCAAGGUUCGCAUAGUCGGCAGUACGACGCUGAUUCUGCAGUAUAUCGUACUACGCAACUACCGGGAUGCUGCAAUGUGGCUUGCCCCGGGCCUCGAUUUGCUGCUGCCUCGCGCACCUGGGGACACGGCGACCUCAUUUGCAACCCCCACUGCCUCACGCAGCGGCGGGCCGCCCCCGGCUGGAUUCGUUGUGCUGCUGCAGGACUCUUUGCUCGUGCUGGGUGUUUGUUUGCCUUCUGCACUUCUUCAGGCGGUGCCGGAUGGGGGAGUGGGAGUUCGACCGGCGGGGGCACCCCCUGGGCCGCAAGUCACAACUGCUGUCUCCAGCCCCUACCCACCCCAAUGCAACAGCAGUACAGUCGGCGGCACCGCCAGGGUCACCACCGGUAGAUCAUUGCCCCUACCAGACUGCUGGCCCAGCGGGGGCGUGUAUGAGGACGUGGCCAUGGCGGCCAUCGACUUGAGCCCCUCAGGAUAUCGUACGGCGGCCGGCUACGUGCUGUACAUGCUGCAUGUGACGUACGUCUGUGAGCUGCAGAUGGCGGAUGAGUGUGUGGAGAAGUGGGGGAUGCCUGCGUGCUACACGAAGAUGUUAUCGACGAUUAGCGGCAUGUGA